AUGCCUCGUUCAAAGCGCGCGCGCGUCGUCCACGAGUCGAAGACUGCCAAGAAAGAUCACAAGGAGCAGACCCGCCGGCUAUUCGCCAACAUUCGGGAAUGUAUCGAGGAAUAUGAUCACCUUUUUGUCUUUGCGGUUGAUAACAUGCGUAACACCUACUUGAAGGAUGUGCGCACUGAAUUCGGUGACAGCCGAGUUUUCUUCGGCAAGACUAAGGUCAUGGGCAAGGCCCUUGGCGCUGACAUUGAAAGCGAAGCCGCUCCCAACCUGCGCAAACUCACUCCUUUCCUCGCCGGCGCCGUUGGAUUGCUCUUCACCUCCCGCACUCCGGAAUCAGUGAUCGAAUACUUCGAGAACUUCCGUCCCCAGGAUUUUGCCCGCGCUGGAACCGUGGCCACCCGCUCUUUCACCAUUCCCAACGGCCUGGUCACUGCUCGUGCCGGCGAGAUUCCCGCUGAGCAGGACGAGCCUGUCAGCCACACCAUUGAGCCCGCCCUCCGCAAGCUCGGUGUCCCCACCCGUCUGGUUAAGGGCAAGGUCAUGCUUGAGUUGACUGAGGGUCAGGAUGGCUACCCCGUAUGCAAAGAGGGAGAGACUCUGGACUCACGACAGACUACAUUGAUGAAGAUGUUCGGUGUCACCUCGUCCGAGUUCAAGGUCGAUCUCAAGGCCUACUGGACGCGGAGUACCGAGGAGGUCAAGCUCCUCGAGACUGAGGGUGGAAUGGAUGUCGAUGCAUAG